AUGGGACGCCAGUAUCUGCUCCUGGUUGUCACGCUCUCCAUCCUCACCUGCCAGGUUAUGUGCUCAGGUGUUUUUGAGCUAAAACUGCAGGAGUUUCUUAACAAGAAGGGGAUACCGGGAAACGCCAACUGCUGUCCUGGUGGCGCUCAAACUCAAAGCCAUCAUCAGUGUGAAUGCAAGACUUUCUUUAGGAUUUGUCUCAAGCAUUACCAAGCCAAUGUGUCUCCCGAGCCCCCCUGCACAUACGGCGGGGCAGUCACUCCAGUGCUGGGAUCCAACUCCUUUCAAGUUCCCGAGACCAACGCUGACACAUUUACCAACCCGAUUCGGUUCAAUUUCGGUUUUACGUGGCCGGGAACGUUUUCACUGAUCAUCGAGGCUUUGCACACGGACUCACUGGAAGACCUAACAACAGAAAACCCAGAGCGUCUGAUAAGCAGGAUUACCACACAGCGCCACCUGACCGUCGGAGAGGAAUGGUCCAAAGACAUGCAGACAUCAGGCAGGACAGAGCUGCGCUACUCUUAUCGCUUCUUGUGUGAUGAGCAUUAUUACGGAGAAGGAUGUUCAGUCUUCUGCCGCCCCAGGGACGAUGCCUUUGGACACUUCACCUGUGGCGAACGGGGAGAAAUUAUUUGCAAUUCUGGUUGGAAAGGCCACUAUUGCACUGAACCAAUCUGUCUGCCUGGGUGUGAUGAUGAACAUGGCUUCUGUGAUAAACCAGGAGAAUGCAAGUGUCGCGUGGGCUUCAGUGGUCGCUACUGUGAUGACUGCAUCAGAUAUCCUGGCUGUUUGCAUGGGACCUGCCAGCAGCCAUGGCAGUGCAAUUGUCAAGAAGGAUGGGGCGGACUUUUUUGUAACCAAGAUCUGAAUUACUGCACCCACCACAAACCGUGCCUGAAUGGAGCGACCUGCACUAACACGGGACAGGGCAGCUACACCUGCUCCUGUCUGCCUGGUUUCACCGGUGCCAGUUGUGAAACUGAGGUCAAUGAAUGCUCUGGAAACCCUUGUCGUAAUGGAGGCAGCUGCACUGACAAUGACAAUGGCUACAAGUGCACAUGCCCACCUGGUUUCUACGGAAACAACUGUGAGCUGAGUGCAAACACUUGUGCCGAUGGCCCUUGUUUUAAUAGUGGGCGCUGCGCAGACAAUCCAGAGGGAGGCUACUUCUGCCAGUGUCCAAUGGGAUAUGCAGGAUUCAACUGUGAGAAGAAGAUCGACCACUGCUCCUCCAACCCCUGUCUACAUGGUGCAGAAUGUGUAGACCUUGUGAACUCCUAUCUCUGUCAGUGUCUUGAGGGCUUUUAUGGCUCGAACUGUGAAAGCACCAACUCUGCCAGCGAACACUGCCAGUAUUUCCCAUGUCAAAAUGGUGGCACAUGUCAGGAGGACAAGACCGGUUACACUUGCACCUGCCCGCCAGGUUACACUGGACAAAACUGCAGCUCCCCUAUCUCUCGGUGUCAUCAUAACCCUUGCCACAAUGGAGCCACCUGCCAUGAGCGUGGAGGCCGCUAUGUGUGCGCCUGUGUGCCUGGAUAUGGAGGGCACAACUGCCAGUUUCUACUGCCUGAGGUUCCCAGAGGACAGCCUGUAGUGGAAGGUCCGGAUCGCAUAUAUUCAGAGAGCCUCAAUGAGGACAGUGAGGAGGAUGAGGCCGGGUUCCCCUGGGCAGCUGUAUGCGCUGGAGUUUUCCUUGUUCUUGUCCUGUUGAUUGGCUGCUCCAUACUGGUGGUGUUUGUACGGAUAAAACUACAGGACCGCCACAGUCACCAAGGGGAUAGCGUGCACAGUGACAGCCAUGAGACUAUGAACAAUCUCACCACCACCAACAACUGUCUCCGUGGUGACAAGGAAGUGGGUGGCAUGAUGAGCACCUCAGUAAAAAACACAAAUAAAAAAGCAGACUAUCACUCAGAGCUGGGAGGUUCAGUUGGUGGUUUGAGUGGCAUUGGCAGCUUGAAUGGACUUGGUGGACCAGAAAAGAAUGGUUUCAAGGCUCGGUAUUCUGGUGUAGAGUACAACCUGGUUCAUGAGCUCCGUGCUGACGAGAUGUCCCUGUGCAAAGAGGAAGAGAGAUAUGAACCAGAAGUCAAAUGUGAAGUGCUGGAUGAAUCCGAUUCAGAGGAAACAUACAAGAAAAGCUACAGUAAUGCAUCAGAGGAGAAGAUGGCUGAGGACAUGCCAAGCUGCAGCAAUUCAAAAUACACAUCUUCGUGUGAUUUGAAUGGACAUGCGUUACUCAGCGAUUCAAAGACCCAAUCAACAAGCGAUAUGAAGAGCUGUUGUGACACGGACUAUCAGUGCGACAGCAGAUACCAGUCUGUCUAUGUGCUUUCAGAUCAGAAAGAUGAAUGUAUAAUUGCUACAGAGGUAUGA